UCACCGUAUCAAAUAUAAAAGCCGGCCUAGGGCAUUGCCAACCGAGUCAGUCCCGCCGUGGAAGCAGUCGAGCACGGACUCGAAGGGAUAAUUAAAGAGCUCUCCAAAAUGCGUACCUUAGCGUUCUUCCUUCUAGCCACUUUGGCUAUAAAUUACAAGCAGGCAGCCGGUCAUCUGUUGCCCGUGGCCCUUCCCUCAGCUGGAACCUAUCUACUGUCUCCUCCUGGCCAAGUUCUCUUGCUGGUCCAGCCACCUCCUCCUCCUCCUCCGCCGGAGGACGAUGGCUCCUACAAGCCGCCUUCGAGCGCCGAAGAUGGCCUGUGGAAGCCACAGCCUGGACUGGAGGGUGAGUACCCCGGUGAGGAACUAAGCCAGAGCGGCAGUGGAAGCGUUAGUGCCGUUGAUGGUGCUUUGAGUUCGGAUGCCUCGGGAUCUGUGGAUGCCCAAGAUGCCCCAGCACCGGCAGUGGUUGGAGGAGGAGCAGGAGAGGCCGGACAGGCAGGACAGGCAGGAGGAGUUCUCGGCGGAGCAGGAGGAGCAGGUGGAGCUGGAGGUGGAGGCAGUGCCGGCGGCGGUGGAGGCGGCGGAGGCGGUGGCGGCGGUGGAACAGCCACAUCCGGUCAGAGCGGCGACAGUGGCCAGCCGGGAGCACCGAGUCCGUCGGGACCGCAGCCCGAUGGCGAGGAUGGGGCCGAUGGAGCCGACGGGCCCGAUGGUCCGGAUGGCUCGAAGGGCGGAAAAGGCGGCAAGGGUGGCAAGGGAGCUCGCAAUGGAGCCGGAGGCGGCGGAGGAGCCGGAGGAGCUGCUCCCCAGCCACCGGCACCGGGGAUUCCCGUUCAGGCCGUUUUGGUUCCCGCUCCCGUUUGGCAAGAUCCGGAAUUGAAUUUGGUUCACGUAGGGUAGACGACCAAGGACUUUUGCUC